CAAGAAACUUAUUCAAAACUUUAGUAGAAUGCUUGAGGCGAAAGAAGAGGCGAGAUCACAACCCUUAAAGGUCGCUGCGACAUGGAUACAGUAACCAUGACUGAAUUGAAGCAAGUUUUGAAGGAGCAAGAAGAUCACAUCGACCAGUUAGAGGCGUGUAAUGGCGAUCUAAGGCUUGGCCGCGAUCAUGUCGAAAAGCGUUUGAAGGGCGUUCGCGAAGAACUCGAGGAAGCACAGAAAAAUCUCCAGGGACUUGAAAAUGAGAUAGCUCAUAAUGCUGAUGUCUUGAAGGAGAAAAAGGAAAUGUUGGAUGUGCACAAGAAACUUAUUCAAAACUUUAGUAGAAUGCUUGAGGCGAAAGAAGAGGCGAGAUCACAACCCUUAAAGGUCGCUGCGACAUGGAUACAGUAACCAUGACUGAAUUGAAGCAAGUUUUGAAGGAGCAAGAAGAUCACAUCGACCAGUUAGAGGCGUGUAAUGGCGAUCUAAGGCUUGGCCGCGAUCAUGUCGAAAAGCGUUUGAAGGGCGUUCGCGAAGAACUCGAGG